CUUCCUCUCGCGCUGCCGCAACGGGCAGCCGCGGUGUUUGGUGGGGCCUGCAAAGCAGGGCGGGAAUAGCAGGCCGCGCGGUUCCGCCCACCGCGGCGGCUGCGGCCUGGCUCGGCGAAGUGCAGCCGGGCUCCCUGGGGGGGUUUCGCUUUCCACCCCCCCCACCCCUCCCCGAGCGGACAUGGCCCAGGUGAGGGGCCUGUGGCAGCCGCGGGGGGAGGCUGCCGAGGCGUCCCCGGAGCAGCCCGAGAGCUACCAGCUUCGCCAGGAGAACGAGCUGCAAGUGCUGGAAUCUAUCUACGGGCGGGACUUCCAGGACUUGCGCCACGGCAAGCCGUGGAAGGUACAGCAGCCUCCAGAAAUCAAACUAGUUUUGCGCCCUCAGGGCUUGACUGGUGACCGUGAAGUCUAUGCCAAAGUUGACUUGUGGGUCCAGUGUCCCCAAACUUACCCUGAUACAGUUCCAGAAAUUGAGCUUCAAAAUGCAAAGGGGUUGUCAAAUGAAAACAUUAACUUGUUAAAAUCCAGACUAGAGGAAUUGGCAAAAGAACGUUGUGGAGAGGUGAUGAUAUUUGAAUUAGCAGAUUACGUACAAUCAUUUCUCAGUGAAUACAAUAAACCACCUUUAAAUCUUUCCAUGAAGAAAUGCUAAAGAAUCAGCAAAAAGAACAAGAAAGGCUCGCUCUGGAAGAAGAGCGGCGAAUCCAAGACCUUAGGAGGAAAGAAGAGCAGAUGCAACGUGAAAUUCUUGAUGAGAUUCAGAGAAGGGAAGAAGAAAAGAGAGAAGAAA